CAGGCGUCACCCCCUGGAACCAGGCGACUUCCUCUCGGGCUUGUCUGGGUCAUCUCGUCUGCCCGUCGCUGGCCCCAUCUCGCUCUCUGGCCACGACUCGCGCGCGCUCUCCCCUAGCAGCUGUCUCUCUCGCGCCCGCUGGCCUGUCUCUUCGUCCCCGCGGUCACCUUCUCCGCCUGCCUGGGUGGCCACCAUGGGCCGGAAGCAGCUCAUCACUGACUCCUACCCUGUUGUGAAGCGGGGGGAGGGGCCUGCCGGGCACGGCAAGGGGGAGCUGGCACGAGAGCUAGGGGAGGAGCCCCGGCCCCCCGGCGGGGAGGACGCCGUGCUGGAGCUGCUGCGGCAGUUUGACCUGGCCUGGCAGUACGGGCCCUGCACAGGGAUCACCCGUCUGCAGCGCUGGCACCGGGCAGAGCAGAUGGGCUUGGAGCCGCCACCAGAGGUGCUCCAGCUGCUGAAGGCCCACCCUGGAGACCCCCGCUUCCAGUACAGCCUCUGGCACUUCUACCCACUCUGAGGAAUCAGCUGAGCCCUGCUGCCGGCCGCCCGAGAACCUCAGGACAGAGCCAUCGCCACCUGCACCUGCUGCUGCGCAGCUCGGCUCCACUGUGGAGGAGCGCUUGGAGGGCCGCGUGUGCGGGCGCCUGCAGCUCGGGUCCAGCCCACCCCCAGGGCGAGCUCCUGGAGAAAGUGCUGUCCGCGAGGACGAGGACCUGGCUACGGCCCUUCCAAUGCCUUCCUCAACCAGGCAGACCUGUGGGCAGAGCCGGACGCAGGCUGGCAACCUCAGAGGCCGGAGUGCACACCCCACCUCAGGCUGGGGAGUGGAGGGCAGGACUGGCUGGGUUCUCAGGGCAAGGGGUUCACUCACUUAUCAAUAAAGAAUCCUGACCUCCA